CCACACCACACCAUCCCAACCCCGCCCAGCACAAUGGCAGACCUCGAGCCCCACACGACAACAGCAUUCACGUACAUCCCCGCGCCGUACCCGGGCGCCCCGGCGUUCCAGUUCCAGCUCACGCGGCUGACCGACACGCUGCUGGUGUGGGUCGGCACCGGCGGCCCGGCAGCCGCAGAGGACGACGACGACGCGCCCGGUGCCGGCGGAGCGGAGAAGAACAAGCGCCUCGCGUCCGACUGGGCUGUCGCGAUGCCCUCGCGCGGGAACAUUCCCACCACGGCCACGCCCAUCUUCCGCUCUGGCGCGACGGACACGGCGCUGCAUAUGGCCCAGAGGCUGUCCAAGCGCUUCCCCCCAAACCAGAUCCACCUGUCGCUGUCCCUCCCCUCCAACCUGACCGCGCCAGCAGGCCCAGGACUUGACCCUUACGCGUCCAAGGCGCUCCUCGUGAUGGAGAAGAAGCUCGUCGCGUGGCUCACCGAGGAGCUCAAGGAGUAGCCAGAUGUCAUUAUACUCAUAUACCAUGC